AUGGCUCACAUCGCCACUUCAGUAAAGUUCCCUGCAGUCACGGAGAGGGCCAGGAUUGUGGGAAGCGGCCAGUCUAGCCAGGUGCUCUUCAAGAGUAGGGGGGUGGGGAUGGAGAAAGGGGAGCCGCCGGUCCUGCUGUGUCCCCGAGAGCAGCCAGGGGGAAGGUGGGGGGCCUCUUACUUCACUCAGCCUGAUCCCACCAUCUGGUGCUCCUUACUGUUUCCCUUCCGCCCCAGGGAGGCCCUGGCUAGCUUCCGAGGCUUCUCUAGGGGUGCAUGGCUUUGCACCCUGUUCAGCUGCUGGGCUGUGCGGGUCGCUGGGGUCAGCAGGGGACGCAUUACCGUCGGGGAAUGUAGCGCGGAGGCCCUCAUAGGUGAAUCCGCUGCCGCAACCACAUCCCUUUUCCAAAGGCGACGACGGGGGUGAGGUGGUCGGACACUUCCCAGAGGCCUAAAGGGCAGCGCACGUUCUCUGUCCUCUGGGCCGCCCUUUACCCCGCCAGCGCCCCAGUUGCCCGUGGCGCCCGGCCCCUGGUUGCGCAGACCCCUCUUCAGUCUGAAGCUGUCCGACACAGAGGAUGUCUUCCCGCGCCGCGCGGGGCCACUCGAGGUCCCGGCAGACAGCCGCGUGUUCGUGCAGGCGACAUUGGCCCGUCCCUCCCCGCGCUGGGGCCUGGCCCUGCACCGCUGCUCGGUGACGCCGUCCUCACGCCCGGCCCCGGGGCCGGCCCUGGCGCUGCUUCGCGAGGGCUGCCCCGCCGACGCCUCAGUCGCCUUCCCGCCACCACCACCGCCGAGCCCGGGUUCCACCCGCCCUGUGCGCUUCAGCUUCCGCCUGCGCCCAGUCUUCAACGCCUCAGUGCAGUUCCUGCACUGCCAGCUGAGCCGCUGCCGCCGCCUCCGGAGAGUCCGCCGGACGCCUGCACCCCUGACUCCCCCGCCGCCAUUGCGGUGUCUGCCUCAGGACGAGGCUUGCGCCGGCGGUGGCAGCGUCGAGAGCCUGGCUGCCUCUGGCCCCCACCUGCACACGCUGACGCAACCUAUCGUGGUCACCGUGCCGCGGCCGCCCCUCAGGCCGCCCAAGAUCAUCCCUGGCCGCGCCGGGCGCCCUGAACCUCCCGCACCGGCCCCCGCGGCCCUGGAGCCCGCGCCGGUGGUGGCGCUUGUGUUGGCAGCCUUUGUGUUGGGCGCCGCGCUGGCCGCCGGGCUGGGCCUCGUCUGCGCGCACUCAGCGCCCCCAGCCCCCGGCGCGCCCGCGAGAGCCUCGCCCAGCGGCCCCCAUCCCAGGAGGCCCCAAUGAGGAAGGUAUGAUGCGCCCGCAACAUGACCCGGUGAUGCACCCAGCUACCGCUUCGAGACCAAGACCAACAGGACCGGACCCGCCUCCCUGGACCUCGGACCCGAUGAGGCCACGACCCCUGCGCUUCUCUCCUCCCCCUGGCCCUCCCACCUGUGCUCAAAAUAAACCUCUAGACU